CACAACGUAAUCAAUAGGGUAUAUGGAAAGUCAGGGAAGGUAUAGAGGCCAGAGUUGAAACGUGUGACGAAUGUCAUUCGAAAACAUUUUCAUUUUAAAUUCAAUUCUUUUUUAAUGUUACCAUUCGGUUUUACGAAGAUUUAACGGGACAUUUUUUAAAGUAAUGAGGUCCUGGCUGUUGUCGUUUUUCGCGUUUUUUAUUAUCAUUCAAGCAUCAACUAGAGGUGAACGAAUUACAUUCAGCCCAGUUAAGGUAUGGGCCCGAAAAUUAGGCUUCGAAUUAUCCCAACUCGGGAAAUAUGUCACAAACGUAGAAAAAUUUCAAGCUACCUACCAACAUGCGACGGUCCAACCGAAAGAUGGAAGUCAAUUGGUUAAAGAUAUUGCAAAAGAUAUUAAAGCAAUGAUGGAGUCCAAGAUUUCUGCAAUCAAGCGAAUAAUGGACGUGGCGCAAAAAGUUGCCGAAUCAGCGCCAGACGUCACACCGUCGAAAGAUUAUCUUUAUGUGAAUGCAAAAAAUAAUACAAUUGAUUUAACGAAUGAUUAUCAUUUUGGUGGUUUAGUUAAUUUAAGUAUGUCGGCAGUUCAUGUGCCGACAAAUGUUUAUGAUCGUGCGCCAGAAGUAAUACGAGCUAUUAAAUGGUCAGAAGAAUUAGAUAAAAUUUUUGUAAAUAAUUAUCAACAAGAUCCCUCAUUGUCGUGGCAAUAUUUUGGCAGUGCCACUGGUUUUAUGAGACAAUUUCCCGCCACCAAUUGGCAAAUGGAGGAAGUCGAUCUUUUUGAUUGUCGAACACGAAGUUGGUACAUUGAAGCUGCAACAAGUCCAAAGGAUAUUCUCAUCCUUGUUGACACGUCCGGUAGUAUGACGGGUAUCAGAAAAGAAAUUGCUCGACAUGUUGUCAAUAAUAUUCUUGACACAUUGGGAAAUAAUGAUUUUGUCAAUAUCAUCACAUUCUCCAAUGAAACAAGUAGUGUGGUUAAGUGUUUUAGCAAUCGAUUGGUACAGGCGAAUUUGGCGAAUAUUCGAGAAUUAAAAAAAGGCAUUCAAAACAUGACGACGGAGAGAAUAGCAAAUUUUUCAAUGGUCUUAUCGCAGGCUUUUGAAAUGUUGGCUUAUUAUCGGGCCAGUAAGGAGGGUGCCGAUUGUAAUCAAGCGAUAAUGUUAAUUACUGAUGGUGUUCCAGAAAAUUAUAAAGAUACAUUUAAAUAUUACAAUUGGUACAGCAACCCUGAUAAUCCUGAUCAGGCGGAUAUGCCAGUGAGAAUAUUUACUUAUCUCAUUGGUAGGGAAGUGGCUGAUUACAGAGAAGUCAAAUGGAUGGCCUGUGCAAACAGAGGAUAUUUUGUACAUUUAUCAACAAUGGCAGAAGUUCGAGAGCAGGUAUUGAAUUACAUACCCGUUAUGGCGAGGCCAUUGGUGUUGAAAAAAACUGAUCAUCCAACAAUUUGGACCCCAGUCUAUGCGGACAUUGAGGAUCCAAAAAUGACUGAUUGGCUCUGGGAGCAAAAUCUUUGCAGUCAACAAAAGUUGAUGGUCCUAAGAAGUAGAAUGGUCAAUCAAACGACAAACGAUGAUGACGAUUCCAUUGAUGAAGUGGAAGAGACUUAUUUUCGUUAUCAGGGUCAACAGAAAUAUAGAUUAAUGACUUCUGUCAGUACACCAGUUUACGACACACGAUCCAACGCGAACAUCACUGAGCAGGUCCUGGUGAAAGAGGCCUACUGGGUCGAAGAGACAAGAGAGACGAAAAUAGCAAAACUCCUUGGCGUUGCCGGGACAGAUGUGCCAAUUACAGAAAUACAAAGAUUUAUGAUGCCUCAUACGCUGGGCGUCAAUGGUUACGCUUUUCUCGUAACAAAUAACGGUUAUAUUCUGACACAUCCAGACCUUCGUCCAGUGUUUCAGAAUAUUCUAAAACCAGCGUACAAUAGUGUGGAUAUGGUUGAGGUCGAAUUGGUGGAUCAAGACAGAGGUCCGCGUGAUUUUGACGAUGCUUUAAUCGCGCUUCGUGACGACGUGAUUAAUCAAAAGAGCGGUAGCGUGACACUUCACACGAGAUACCAUUACGACGAUAUGCAACGGGUUGGCCGAGUAAGAAGAAAAUACGAUUACAUGGGAAUUGAGAAUACUACAUUUACGGUGGUGGUCAGUUUACCCGAGUAUGAUCAGAAUGGUAAUUACAGGAUUCACGCUGCUGUUGAAACCAAGAGAUUAUUGUCUCAAGGGACAAAUGUUCUCGCCUACUUCUCAGGAAAUAAUUGGCGAGUUCAUCCGGAUUGGAUUUAUUGCAAGUUAGUUGUGACAACAGUAUAUCAUUACGAUGGGGAAUUUGAGUUUCGAUCACCGGAGGAUCAACUUUUGCAUUUUUUAAAUAGAACUCGGCAACAAGAACCACCAUGGAGGUGGAUUGAUGCUAAACAAAGAUCUCAACCCCCAGAAAAGUCGAACGCUAGUUCAAAGACCUUCAGUAAGUCAGUAGAUUCUUAUUACUGUGACCGGCGUCUUCUCCUGAAUUUAGUGCAUGACGCUCAGGUAACCCAGUGGUUUGCGAAUGCCUCGUCAAUUCGGGAUGAAAAAGGACUUUUAACUAGGCUGAUGAAACUCCUACCCAGGAAAGAAUUUUGGCAACGUUUUGGAUUUACUGUCUCCUUUAUGGCGACGCACAGUGGCUUAACGAGAUGGCAAGAAUUUCAUUUAGAUGAUGAUAUUAAGGAGAAGGAGGAAAAUUUUGGAUCAAAAUAUCCACGAGCAAUUGAUGAAAUUUGGUACAAAAGAGCUGUGGAACAACAUUAUGUUUAUCCGGAGAGUUUUGUUUUUUCAGUACCAAUUAUUCAUAAGCAUCGAAAUUUAAUUAAUAACAGUACAUUGGUCACUGCCAGUCGUGCUGUAUUUGUUGGUUCUGGAACAGCCAAAGCACCAGUGGGUGUAGUGGGUUUUCAAUUUUUACACUCGGCAUUGCAGGGUCUCUUUCAGAAUAUAACUGAUACUUGUGAGAAUUGUACAGCAAAUUGUAAACAUCCCGAUGUGGCAUGUUAUCUAAUAGACAAUCAUGGAUAUAUUUUGGCGUCAAAUGACGAUAAACAUGCGGCUCGAUUUCUUGGUGAAGUGCGUGGCACUAUAAUGAAAAGUCUAAUACACAGGGGGAUUUUUAAUAAAGUUACAAUUUACGAUUAUCAAGCAGUAUGCUUCCCACCAACUGCUGAAAGCAACGUUGGAAAUAUUUUGAUAACGCCAUGGAAACUUCUUCGAGCAGCAGCGUCCUGGUUUUUUGCGCACGCUGCUUGGGCAAUUGCAAAAGCAGGAAUUUGGCAUAGCGACUAUGCUUAUGCAAAUAUGGAUUUAUAUUCAAAUCAAGAAUUUGCUGAUGAUAGUUCACAAAUGUCAGAUGAGACAAGAGAAGCACGUUAUUAUGACAAAAUUAAAAUUAAAAGAACAAGGCCACAAUCAUGUGAUAAGGAGGUGGAUUUAUAUCUUCUAAAUCACACGAACACAAAGGAAUAUGACGUUGAUUCCGAUAGAUGUGCGCGGCCUUAUGUUAUUCAACCAGUUGAGCUCAGUAAUAUGUUACUGUUGAUAAUUGACACAACGUGUCCUGAAAUUGAGGAGAAUAAUUUUAAAAUAAUGCACACGGAAACAUUUGAGGACAGUUCAUUAAUGUCAUUGGCAUGUAUGAAAGCAGUGAAUAGCACUUUGAAAAGGAAAAGACCAAUGUCUUGUGUACGAAGUCAUCGAAAUGAAAGUGAAAUUCGCGAUCAGUGCGGUCAUGCCUCGAACUUUAAAUCAAAUUUCAAAUUUAUCAUUAUCUCACUCGUAAUAUCCUGCUAUCAACUCAGGCUAUAUUUUCCCUUUUCCUAAAAACCCCCGAGAAUCACAUUUUUUAAUCCCUUUAAAUGGAAUUUAGCCAAAAAAAAUUCACCAAAGACUGCUACAAUUCAAAAUUCGUCAUAAAUAUUUUUCAAAAUUUUUCACACAAUUUUUCAAAACUAGUUCUUUAAAGAAUUUAGUCAAAAAACACAAUUUUUAAUAUAACUAGUUUAUAGAAUUUUUCCAAAAUAUUGGUCAACCAGAAAAAAGAAACAAUGUCAAAUAUUUGACAACAAUUUUUCAAAUAUAUCUCACUUGUAUUAAGUUAUUCAAGUUUUUCAAAUAGUUGAGAAAUUUUCUCUUUAUUGUUUGUUUUUGAAUCUUUCAUAAAAAUUUAUUUUGUUGAUAUUCUUCCAAGUUUUUAUGUUAAUUUUCAUUUAAUUGUUAAUUAAAAAUAUUAAAAGUUUAUGUGAUUUUUGAAUUCGAGGGGAUGGAAUAAUUAAUAUUAAAGACUUAUUCAUUUAAUGGGUAUUUAUCGUAUAAUCUCAACAACAAAAAUGGUCCACUUUGAUAAUAAAUCAAGUCGUUAAACAAUUUUAUUUUUAAUUUCUUUACUGUACUAGAACAAUUGUUAUAUACACCCCCACAGAAAAAAUAAAAUUAAACAAAAAUUUAUUAUAGAGCUAUCAAAUAGCUUCUAUAUAUUAUAAAAUUGCUAUAUAUAAUUACAAUAAUCUUUAUAAACAACUCGAUCAAGAUGAAAAAAAAAUUAUUUAAAAUGAAGACAAAGAACUUGAUUCUUCAAUUUUUACUAUAAAUUUUCCUCUGUAAAUAAAGUACACUUAUUAAGAAUCGAAUAAUAAUAUUAUUCUCGAAGGGAGAAUCAAAGUUCUCUUUGCAAUUAUUUAUUAAGUUUAAAAUAAAUUUUACGAGAAAUCCAUACGACGUACUUUUGUUCGUGAGCAAAAAGAAAAAGUAGGAAUUUAAAUAUAAAUAGGAGAAGAACUAAAAUGAAUUAAUUUCCCAAACGAGUAACGUUUUUAAUUUUUAAUGUGGCUCGUCGACUCGAGGAACGUUGCGCGGCGUAGCGAACAAAAAGUGGAGAUAGAGCGUUAUCUUCUUUUCUCACGUGUAGCGCGCGCAACUUCUAUAUUGUACUAGAGAAAAAAAUGCUGAUAAUGCCAAAAUUUUUCCGAAUUGAAAAAACAUUUUUUUGAAACAAGUACCUUUAAGGACGCCGGCGUCCGAUUGUACCGACUUUUUUUUUAUUUUUUUUUUUGCACUCUUAGGUGCACUUUCAAUUUUUCAUACUCUCCUUCUCUCUCAUUGUCACAAAAGUAUUGAGAGAAAAAAAAUUGAAAUAAAGUCCACAAAUAUAAAUAAUAAAAUAGACGUGAAAAUUCGUACUGCCGAAUAUAUAUAUAUAUACAUACGUGAAGAACUACGUUCGUUAAUAUGAACUGCUACUUUUUCAUUCUUAUUGCAUGUUUUAUAAACUAUAUAUAUAAAAUUGUAUAUACCAUGGUGCUCUAGAUUUGAUUGAAAAUUGUGUGUGUGUGUGUGUGUAUGUUGCAAGUUACAAAAAAUUUAUUUAUUGUUAAUCGCCACUUUUUUGGCUCAAUCAAUUACUUGAAAUUUUAUUAAAAUACAAAAAAAUUUGUUUCUUUAAAUUAUUAAUAUUAAUUUUAUUUAAAUAUAUUUUAUCUAUUGAUAGAAAAAAUAUGUCUAUUUAAUUCAUAUAUUUUAUAUUAAUCUACUAGAUAAUUAAUUAAUAUUAUAUAAUAUAACUAAAUUAAUUAAAAUAAAAUAUUAGUUAAUUACUUCAAAUAAUUAAUUAGUAGUUUUAUUUAUUACAUUGUGUAAUUAAUGUUCUGUUAAGAAAAUUGGAAUAUUGUUUUAACAAACAAAAAAAAAGAUUAUUUGUUUCUUUCCAAUUUUACUCAAGUUAAAUAGCCAAUCAGUAACUUCAUCAUUCUUGCAAGUAAUUUUGUGAUUUUUUUCCAUAAACUUUUUCUAUUCAAAUUUCUUUAAUAUAUACUUCUGAAUUUAAUAAAAAAAGAAAACUCAAGUUCUACAAAGUACGAACUUUGAAAAAUAUUGUUAAAGUUUUUAUGAGUGCUUAUAGGAACAUUUUAAGUGGAAGUAUUUUAUGGAAAGCGUUGCAUUUCAUGUACUGAACAUAAAAAUAAAAUAAGUAAAUAAUAAUUAAACUAUACUAUGAUAAAACUGAACCUCCUAAUUCUAUAACUCGUUUAGCGCUCGGCCGGACGCUCUAUUGGUAGUCGGGUAGCAGCGAGGGAGCCAUUGACGCUCGCUGCUACCCGAGUUACAGAAUUGGGAGGUUCAACUGUAUUACAUAUAUAAAUAAAUUAAUUAUUAAAGCAGUAUUCAUAAAAACGAACGUAAGUUCAUCAAAAACAUUUUUAAAUUAAAAAAAAAUCUCAUUAACUGACGUUCGUAAUAUUGUACAUCGAUCGACUUACAAAUACAAUGCGCGUCGUUUCAUAUUUAUAAUAAUAAAAAAAAAAGAUUAUCUACGAUUCAUUUUUGUAAAUUAUUGUAAUAUAAUAAUAUAUAUAUAUAUAUAAAUAUAUACCCACUAUGGAGAUAUGUAAGAUUGUGUGCCUUUGGUCACGCGCUUAAACCAAAUCUUGUUGUAUGUUUUCCAAGUAAAUUAUUAAAUUCCA